AUCCUCUACAUUUGGCUCCUUCCUUAACUCCUUGGCGCGCUAUCUUGAAAUUUGCCAUGAGUAUCGACGUGUUUAAGAGUAAAACAAGGGAAGCUUUGCAGAAGCCUCUAUGUCAAAGAUGUGAGGAGAUUGAAAAGUUAAUCGAGGCCUCUUCUACCCAGAAUCUCCAUGGAUUCUUUCCACAACUUCUCAGUAGUAUUUUUGGCUAUGCAGGCUCAGGUGAUUGGGGUCUUAAAACCCUCAAACGAAACAGCAAAGAUUUUGCCACAGUACAUCAAUUUUUGUCACCUGGUGGUGCAGUUUUUAAAUUGAUUGACAUGUUGCAGGCCGAUGAACUGAAACGUUAUGAAUUCUUUAUCAGCUGCCUUCCUAUUUCAACACAGAAAUCACUUUCAGAAGGUAUGAUUCCAGUUUUGUACCGAGACAAAGUACCGGUCAGAACUCCUGGUGGAAAAAAAAACACUGUAUUGCUUAAUACCUUUGAAUACUACAUGUUUCAUUUUGCUUACUACAUUCUACAUCAGCAAGUCAAUAGGGAGUCUAGCUCGAUGGCAACCCAGGACUUUCUUUACCUGAUCGUAUUGGAUGACUACCUGAACUUUUUUUUACCAUCCGAUGAAGCUGCUGUCUCUCGCAGUACUUUAAAGACCAAGUCACCGACUAGUUCAGUGAGGAAAUCUGCCAACUGUCAAACUAGAUGUUCUUUCCGUGGUAUGAUUAAACCUUCUACUGGUAGAGUUAGUCCGCCCACUGCUCAUCAUGGAAUGUUUGAUCACAGCUCACAAGAGAUAUGGAGAUCAAAAAAAUUUCUACAGAUACUUAUAGAAUUCUGGCUGAAUCAGAAUACAGUGGAUUCCAUUUCAAGAAAUGUUCUCUCCCAUAGCCAGGAGUAUUUCAUGCCAACAUUAGACCAUGUGCGAGUGGUAAGGAUUUUAGUGAAGCACAUUCAUACAUUUGUGUAUGCCAAGGUGUCUGAUGUUGCUCAGCUCUCUGUAUUACACCCAUAUGAUGAACUGAGGAGCAUCAUCAUUCCUCAAUUUCUUCAAAAGAAGCUGUAUUUUUUCCUUUGUCACUGCUUUUCUCACUGGCCUCUGGAUCCCUCUUUUAAAUAUGUGCUGGAAACAUGGCUGAGUUACAUUCAGCCUUGGAGGUAUUCAAAGAACCAGCCUGGCUCAGUGGUAUCUGGAGAUGAUGAGUCCAGAGAGGCUGGACCUGAAUGGAAAUCUUUUGUUUUUGAGAACCUCCUGUUUUACUCUGCCUUGUUGUUUGAGUUUGUGUCUCGUGCCUGCCGUUUCAAUCUGACUUCAUCUAAGGAUGUUCAUCUGCUUUUUAGGGUCAUGAAGGUGUUUGCCCAAACUCAUUUGGUGGAUAUGAUUGAGGAAGGAGAGAAGUCAUUUUUAAAUCCGUCAGGGAAUCACCGCACUUCAUCUCAAGUUAAUUCAAAUACAUUAAGCUCAGCCAUUAAGGCUCACAUUUUUGAGCUGGAAGGAUCUCCAAGAGAUUAUGAUGAUGAGGAGGAGGAAAAUUUUCAAAUGCGUGAACUUUGCACAAGAGUGUUAGCAGCCCUUCAUGAAGCACAGGCUAAAAAUCAGACUGCUCAGGAAUCUGAAGGCAACAGAGGAGGAAUCUCAGGUUUCUUAAGAAAUUUUUUCAACCAUGGUGAUUCACAAGGGAAUGAGUCUGAAAGGAAAGAUGAAGACAGUAAAGUUUUGUCUUAUUUGAAACAGACCAAAAAAAUUCUGCCAAAAAUUGUCAGGGAUGCAGAAUCCAUAGAUGGCAGCGCAUUAAACAGUUCAAUACAGUGGGAAAUCCCUUCAUCAAUAAACAGAGGCAGACACACAUCUGCUCCUGGUUCUCAGUCCUCUCUCCCAGACCAUCUUGAGACAGAAAGAGGUCCAGUGUUAACUCCUUUGGGAAGAAAUGGUCUUCGCAAGUUUCCAGUGAGAUAUAGUGGCGAUCCAGAGCUUACCCCAAUUUGCAGUUUUGAAAAUUCUGCAUUGGUUCGUCUUAUGUACAAGCUCUCCACUCAUCUAAAUGAAAAGGUUGCAGAUGUCUUUGUAAACUUUUAUAUCUCAGUUGUUCUACUUAUCUGCUAUGUCUUUCCUUUCCAAACCAAGGCCAGUAAAAAAAUCAAGGCUUGCACUGGCCAAGUUGUGUGGUUAAACCCAUUUUUGCUAAAAAAAAAUAAGUUUUCUUUCAAUAAAUUCUACUCCCCUUAUAAAGCCAGUGUGUUUACUGCACUUAACUGGGAAUUAUAUUCCUUACAUUUUGGCAAAUCCUUGGACAAGUUGUACAUAAAUUCAAGACUUUUUAGGCAAGCUGCUUGCUUUUUCUCACCAGCUUUAAAGUCUUUGUCCUCCUCUACUCCUUCAAGACAGUCGUCAACCUCCCCAUCUCGAUCCCCACAGGAACCAAUACAGUUGCAGAUUAGCCUUAGAGUUUUUGCUUCAUACCGCACUUUAUUAUAUCUGUUUUUACUGUGGCUUUUUUUUCACUUAACAUCUAUGAAUGUUUUUUUAGUAAUUUUGUUAUGGAUUUUGGUUUUGAUCACAAUAGUAUUGAACCAUUUAACACCUUGUCACAAGAAAAGCUUGGAAAAAAAUAGAUAGUAGCAAAGACAGAUUGUUAGUAUUAUAAUCAUUUUAUAAAGCUGUGGGAAUGCACAUACCCAUUGCUGGCAUAUCAGGGGAGUUAAGGGACACUCAUUCUUACUAUUUUUCUUGAUCUAAAAAUUUCCAUGACUUAGAUUAACAUAAAAAAACCUGAGGUAUUUUUCUGUUGUUAUUGGAAAGACCUGCUAAGCCUUAAAAAAAACAGAAAUUAUCGGAAGCAUUUUAAGCUCUUAAUUCGUAGAAGGUCAAAAAAAAAUAAAGAAGCGACAAGACCCAUUGCAACUAUGUCUGUCAUGUCAUUCUUAUUAUCAAUAUUGUUAUUCCUCUCUUGAAUUAUUUCUGAGUACAUUUCAUAAGAACUGGAACUUACCAGUAGGUAAAAAAAAGGGGGGGUUCAAAAGACAAUGAAAAAAAGGUCAUAGAGACCAGGCCCCGGUUGUUCAAAGGAUGGAC